AUGGCGUUGCGAACAAUUAUGACCGUCCUGCUUGCAGCGAUAUGGUCUUCUCAUGCUGACAUGUAUCUGAACAGUCCACGCGGAUCGAACAACAAGCUUCGUGAGCAAAGCAACAACGUGCAGAAUGCCAACAGGUUGUUUGACUCGCAAAACAAUGCGGCUUCAGGCUAUCAGAUUGGAGAUGACUGCAAGCCUGCCUGUAAGGAUGCAAACAACAAUUAUGAUGUAACCGUCGAAGGUGCCACAAAGGGUACGAUGAAAUUCUACCAGGGCUCCGAGCUCUACAUCGAGUGGCACAUGCAGCACGGCUGUGGCGUAGGACAUCCCAACCUGCGAUGCCAGAUUGUCCUGCAGUACAUGGCAGAAAAAGACAAUGCAAACCUCCGGGACGGCACAGAGCAAACUUCAGCUGGUGGAGAUGGCAAUGAUCCUACCGAAGAGGAAACUGCGGAGGUCUCCCGAGGCUACCAUGAGACCUACGACUACUAUCAGGCCUGCAUCGAGCGAGAACGCAACAAGGGCCUGUACACCGCAGACCAGCAGAUUGAAGAGAAUGGUGGGGCGACCUCCACCCGGCAGAAUCCCAAUGGCAAUGGCCGCCGACGUGGCAAUCAACGACAUGGCCUUGAAUGCCCGGAGGAGCGGGACUACUACCCAUAUUGGCAUCCAACUCCAUGGCACGAUAUCGCCAUCCUGACGGAGGAACCGCAAGUGCGUUGUGAAUACUACAGAAUGGAGUCCCAGAAUGUGAAAGCGAAGGGCUACUGCACUCUUCCGCAAUACAACAACCCAGAUGCCUGCGUUGGCAACGAUGGCGAAUGGAAGGAACAAGCUGCCUUUGAUGAGCCUCCCCCUGAGUGCACUGGAGGAAUUGCGAGCCGCGACAACCACAACGGAAAUGUCCGGAAUGGACAACCCCACUACUAUGUGUGGAAGAUCCCAGAGUUCGUCAAGGGCCGCGUGGUUCUGCGCAUUCGCUACAACAUCACGACAAAGGACUUCGACUAUGGCUCGUUGGCGAAUCCUGAGGAGGAAGGCGCAUCUCUGUCAGGUGUGAAAGCAGAUCCCUUCUUCAUGAAUGCCAAGUACAAUGACCCCAAUCCUGGCAAUCGACGACGCAGGACCUUCAGUGGGCGCCCGGGAGUGCCGGUGCCCUUGGCCCAGGAUCCGGUGGCAGACUGGCUAGGCUUGGGAGAGACCGGGCAGGACACCAGCCGUCUUUUGCAGCUUCAAGUGAACACCAACCAGUUCGGCCGCACCUUUGAGGAUCGAACCCACAGCUUCAUCGUGAUGGAGAGGCCUGCGGACGUUCCCAUGGAGACGCGGAUUGUGAACCUCAAUGUGCGUGGCCGACGUGGGAACAUUGUUCAAGUCUACCCCUCGGUGGAAUAUGACUUUGUCCCUUCCGAGCUCUCGGUGGAGGUGGGCACACUGCUGCACUUUCAAUGGACGGGAUCUGAUGCGAACAACAAUAACAAUGCAGGCAAUGGUCGCGCUGGCACCGAUCGAUCCAAUUUGGUUCAGGUGCAAUCACGUGCGGAGACCAUCCCAUUGCCCUUGGAGAAGCACACCUUGCUCUUUGAUGCGAAGAACAACCCCAACGACGAGGAGGGCAGGCGCUUGGUGGACCGCUUCGCGUACUUGGACCAGGACCAAAUCGUGACAUGUGAUCCAGACACCAAUGAUCAGAACUCAGAGACCAACUGUAAGCAGCUGAAUGGAGCCUCAGCUUACUUCGAUGGGGGCCUGGUGGAGAUGAAGACCGUGGGUGAGCACCACUUUGUCAGUACCAGGAACAACGACUUCACCAACAGAUCCCACAAGGCUAGCAUCAAAGUGACAGGCUUUGCCUUCGAGGGCUAUGAGAACAUCGCCUUGGGAGUAGGUGCAUUUUGCGCCUUGGUCUUGUUCAUCUACCUCUUCGCUGUCUGCCAUGCCUACAGGAAACCGGGCAGUUGGCUUUUCUCCCGACGUUACCGGCCACGGUUGUUGACGUGGGUGCUGCGCAAGGAGACCAUGGACAGGUUGGUCGAGGAAAGAAGGCAGCUGGUGGCGCAGCGAAGGAGGGAGUGGGCCAAGAAAGCCAAUGCACAUGUUGGAGACGAAGAGGGAGGCACUGACAAGGCCCAACCGCAAGCAGCUGGUAUUCCAGAGGGAGCCUGUCGUGGUUUCAGAGUAUCACACGAUGCUUCCGUAAAUGUGGCCUGGGUGAGCAGCAGCUCACCACCCUGA